AUGACCGAUCAGGUAAAAAAGUUGGGGGAUCAGCCUUCCACUAUAAUAUCUACUAGAAUCGUUGCCUUUACAUUCCAAGGCUUAGCUUUGCCAAUUGUUGGGGGAUAUGUUUCAUCUUCCGCUGAGUUGCGGUUGAUAGUUCUCACGCAGUCUCUCCCAAUGGUCUCAAUCCCAAGAAAUAGUGGAAUUGUGCCAGACACUAGUUUUCUCUCAUCUUCAAUCAUAAGGGCACCCUGUAAAGCAGCACCAACAACCAGAGUUUCACCUCGAUUCACCCCCAUAAAUAGGAGAUUUUUCAAAAAAUUCUCGAACAAUUUGCUGUACCCGAGGAACUAUAGCCACCCUCAACCAAUAUAA